ACCGAGGGUUUGUCAUCAGGUAUUGCCAUAUAUAGGGGCCCUGGGGCCCGGCGGAACAGUAUUCUAGACGGACAGAGAGAAGAGAGAUGAAGCUACUAAAUAUCCUCUGCUUCUGCCUGGCUGUCCUCGCCUCCACUUGGGCUGAGGACGCAGCGGCCGUGUUGAGCCCUCGUGGAACCCGACCAGUAGAACACGGCUACAAGGCUGAUAAAUGUGCCACAGAGAGGAGUUGGCCUUUCUGCUCAGAUGACGACUGGGGUCCUAAGUGUCCGUCAGGUUGUCGUAUCCAGGGUCUGUUAGACAAGGCAGACCAUUCCCUGCUGAAGAAGAUAGAGAAGAUUAGGCAGCUCCUUGACCAGAACAGAGCCAAACACCGCUCUGCCGACCAGGCAUCCAAACAGACCUAUGACUACCUCAAGGAGAAACUCACCUCCAACGCAGGUAAUGACAACAGCUUCUAUGACCUGGCUGAACGCCUCCGUCAGAGGAUCGUCGACAUCAAGAUCAAGAUAGACCGCCAGCUGAGGAUCCUCAACGCUCUGAAGAUCAGCAUCAAAGACCAGGUUAUAGAGAUGCAGAGGAUGGAGGUGGACAUUGACAUCAAGCUGCGCUCCUGUAAGGGAUCUUGUAAGGGCUACGCUGAGUUCUCCGUUGAUCAAUCAUCCUACGUGGCUUUGGACAAGCAGAUGGACCAGCUGGAAGCCCAAAGGGUUCAGUCUGUUGAGACCGUCGGCUCGCUGCACAUCAUGAAGAGCCGCCCGCUUAAAGACGUCUUGGUCGACAGCAAGUUUAAGUCCAGCCUGGCAGGGGAGCAGAAGCAGGAUUUCUUCCCGGAGGUGAAGUCCGUGAAACUGACCUUGGAGGCCGAGGGGUCCAGCGCUUCGUCUGCCGCCUCUGUCAGCAAGGUCCCGGGUACGCACUUCCAGCCUUCGACCUCAGGGUCUUCAUCCUCUUCAUCUUCAUCAUCUAGUUGGUCGACAGGUUCAGGGUCGAUGGAUGGGUCGAAGAAAACGAUCACGGAGCUGGGUGGGGGUGGUGGUGGGGGUGGUGGUGCUGGUGGGGGUACGAGGGGGGAUGGAGAUGGGGAUUUCUUUAAGGGGAUGGGUGGACUCGGCGGAGGGCUGGGGAGUCUUGGAGGCGGAGAUUUCACCUCUACCGGUCACCAGACCACGCAUGUAUCGAGCUGUACCAAGACCAUAAAGAAGACGACAGUGCAUACGAAGGACGGGCCGGUGGAACGCAUCGAGGAAGUUUCGAGCGGACCAGGCUGUGAGGCAAUGAAGCUCGGUGGCGGAGGAGGGAUGGGGGACUUCUUCCCAUCCCUCUCUUCCUCUUCCUCCUCCUCCUCCUCCUCAUUCACCAAAACCUCAAGCCACGGCAGUAACAAGGGAGGCAGUAGCCUCUUCAGCAGUACCAAGACCGGCGGCGCUGCCGACGGCUUCGGAGCUGAUUCAUUCGGGAUGGAUCUCGGAGCGUUUAUGCGCGGGAAAGAUGACGAUGAUGUCCCAGAUUUCCUCAGCCACAGCCACGGCGUGAAAACUAGUGUCCGGAGCAAACGGCAGGCAGAUUAUGUGGGAAAAGGUACAUCUGACCAGGAGUAACUGCCCAAUAUUUGACCUAGCUAGCCGCUGUUUAGCCACUGUUAGUAUCUUAGCCUAGUGGCUGUUAGCAAUUAGCAUGUUAGCCUCCAUUAGCAUCUUAGCCAAACUGACAUUAGCGAUUAGCACCUUAGCCUAGCGGCCGUUAGCGGUGAGCGUCUUGGCCAGCAGCUCCUAGCGUCAUAGCUAGCAGUGAGAAGUGAAACGUUUCUAUUUUUUUUGUCGUAGCUCAAAUCAAAUCCUCGAAUGUGAUCCACAGUAGCCUAAUUAAUAAACACUCGUAAAGUAGUUCAGCCAGUUGCUCAUAUGAUGAGUUUGUGUUAAAAAAUAAUAAUAAUCUAACAAAUUGUAUAAAAUAAGUUCCAGAGAUACUGUCUAAAAUAUGCUGUACUAUACAUCAUAGUGUGUUCUCAACCGCUGCUGAGCUGACUACCGGAAGGGGUUCGGAGGGGUAAAGGGGAGGUGUGGCUGAGGUUACAAACACUCUUCUGACCCGGGCACCUGAGGGUAGAGCUAGAAGACCGUGAGGGAAGAGGUUGGCAUGAGGGAGGGAAAGAAGUAGAGGGGAAGAGGUGGGGGUUAGGAAAGGUGAUAGAGGAAAGAGAGAGAGAGAGAAGGAUGGGGAGUGAGUGACAGAGAUAGAGAGAAACAUUGCUGAUUGUUGAUUCUGUGAGUAGAUGAUUAAAAUGUUUUUUUUUUGUCUGACCCUGUGAAUGAUGUCAAUGUACUGAAUGUUCAUGGACAAAAACAAACAACCGGCUAACUUCUGAACCAAUCAGGUACUGCCAAUGUUCAAAUAACUAUUCUAAGAACAGAAAGGGGUUCUAAGAACUACGGUAGAACUUCCAUUAGAAUGUCCAAACCAAGCUACUGAUGCGACAAUAAAAAUAUUUUCACUUCAA